CUGUUGAAAGCUGCUAACAAAAAGCAUCGCUAUUUUCAAAUCCUCUCUUGUGUCUCAGCUAUAUGAUAAAAAAUGCAAUGAAAAUUGGUAAAUACAUUUAUCAAACAUACAAAGUCAUACUUACAAUAUCCAAAUUACUUGCCGAGCAGCGAAGCAGCUUGCCUGCAGAUCUGCGGAUGAACACUAAAGAGGAGAGAAACUAGACUUUCGUCCAUACUCUUGACAAAAGACAACAAAAUGCAGCUAUUGACAUGCAUUGACCAUUUAUUGUUUGAAAUAGUUAAUCAACCACUACGGUAAGAUCUUUCUAAAUCCAUCCUAUUUCGUUGUACCAGCACUAUAUUCAUUACGUUAACAUUCCUGACGUCUGAUUCGCUAGCGCUGGCGGGGCAUUUGAAGAUCGACCAAUCAGGAGCCGAGUAUUGGCCCGUUGGCUUUCCACGCAGCGUAUGCCCGGCUGUUGUGCGGCGGAGGCUCCAUAGGGUUGCGUGUUAAUUUUACUGCGGAGAAAGGCAUCAGUUCAGAACAUCUGCAAGGAUGCCUCGCGCGAAGGCCGACAAGCCGCGUGGACGCAUGUCGUCCUACGCGUACUUCGUGCAGACCUGCCGGGAAGAGCACCGCAAGAAGCACCCUAAUGAAGCUAUUGCUUUCGCAGCGUUCUCCAAGAAGUGCUCUGAACGCUGGAAGGUGAUGAGCGACAAGGAGAAGAAGCGCUUUGUGGACAUGGCCGACAAGGACAAGUCUCGCUACGAGGCAGAGAUGAAGACCUACGUCCCUCCCCCUGGCGGUGGCAAGAAGGGCAAGGGCAAGCGCAGGCCCAAGGACCCGAACGCUCCCAAGCGUGCCCUCUCGGCUUUCUUCUGGUUCUGCAACGACGAGCGGCCGGCGCUGAGGGCGGCGAAUCCCGACUCGACGGUCGGCGACAUCGCCAAAUCCCUGGGCAAGAAGUGGGCUGAGGUGGACGAGUCCGUGAAGGCCAAAUACGAAGCCAUGGCUGACAAGGACAAGGCGCGGUACGCCCGGGAGAUGGCUGCGUACAAGAGUGGUCUUGCCAGCAACGCUGCGGAAGAUGACGAGGAAGACGAGGAUGAUGACGAUGAGGAGGACGACGAGUAAAGCGGAGUGCGCGACGUGCUCCUGCGUGUGCGCCUCUGGUGCACGCGUGCGUGUACAAACACUAGACAGUUGUUCUGGAGGGUAGUGGGUCGGUACAGUGAUCAGCUGAAGACUGGAGGGGGCGGGAGGGGUGACAGCACCGUCAUCAUCGCCGUCCGUCCACCCGGAACGGCCGGCCCAUCGAUCGGGCCUAUUUAUUUAGCGAGACCGCCUUCAUCUGCGCCGUCCGCCACAGCGCGACAAGGGACGCUCAUCGCGCUAAUAAAGCAGUCUUAUUGCGGCUGCUCAUCAUCACAUUUUAUCAUCAGUUAGUUUUGACAUGCAUAGCUAGUUUCGCCGGUUCUCAUCAAAAUAAACAUCUAAAAAACG